CCCUGGACAACAAAACCAGACAAAAGGGUACAUUUUUGGAAUAAUACACAUAAUCAAGCUGAAUAAAUGAGCUUUUAAUUGAUGUAUGGUUUGUUAGGACUGGAUAAUAUUUGACUGAGAUACAACUAUUUGAAAAUCUGGAAAAUAAGGGUUUAAAAAAAUUUAAAUAUUGAGAAAAUUGCCUUUAAAGGUGUCCAAAUCAAGUUUUCAGCCAUGCAAAUGACUAAUUAAAAAUACAUUUUCAUAUAUUUACAGAAGAAAAUGUUUUCAACGUGAUAUUUAAUGAUUUUUUGGCAUAUAUUUUUGACACAUACAAUCAAUUUAUGGCUCUUCCCACAAAUCUACAUCUGCAACAUAAGAAUUUAGUGAUUCAGGGUCACUCAUGUAGUCUGUAAACAUCAGGCUUUGCAGGGAGCAUAUCUUAAAUCUACUUGGGUGUUACCUGCUUCACUUCAGGCUCUUAUAAGCCAGUGAGUCAUGCUUGAAAACUCCCCCAAAGUGAUCUGUAAACUCAGAUAAAAGCUGCCAUUUAAAAGAGUCCACACUACCUGUAUUAAGUGUCUUCAAACUCCAUGGAAGAUCAAUUUUCUUGGUCGGGCUCCAAAAAAGCCUCAGCAUGGAGUGCGCAGUGAUUGGACAGAUCUGAAAGCUUUCACGCGCCCUGGAAAACACACGCGCGCGCGCACACACACCUCUGUCAAUCCAAAGGGUGGAGUGUGUCUUUUGAAGACACACACGACCACAAACCCUGAAGCAAGAGUCUGAGGAAGAGAUUUUGAAGCCAUUAUAGAUUAAGCUAAUUACUGUUCGGCUCUAUAAGCGCUGUAAUGUAAGGCGUCAACACUUAUACUCCUUUAUGGUAAGCUUUCAACAAGUUAAAACAUAUUUUUCAAAUUCGCAAUGAAGAAAGUUGUGUGAAGAAGCUGUAUUUCUGCGGGUGCCUUCAGUCAUGCAGGUUUCGCGGAUUCGCGCGGCGCGUAAAAGCGAGUGGCUGAAAAGCGCGCUCUCGCACCACUUCAGCCCGGACCCCUGCGCGGACAACGAGAUCGUGGUUUUGGCUACCGGUGUGGACCAGUAUCUCCAGGAGGUGUUUCAUCACUUGGCGUUUAACAACGGAGAAGAUCUCGUCUCGGAUGAGGACUUUAGGAGUCUGUGUUUAGUUUUGGGCAUCACCGGGAGUGCGGAGACUGAUGGACUUCCUCGCGUGCUCAACUUUAAAGACUUCCACGCGCGACUUUGCAGGUUUUUCUCUUUAAAAGCCCCGGAGGGUGAGACAGGAGCUCGACUGCUGGUCAGCGAGGAGACCGAACACAUCGAGAGGGAGAUCAGACUCCGCUGUCCGCGCGUCCGGAGGAGAAAGUGUGUCAGUUUCGAUCUGUCCGCCGAGCAGCAGAACCGGAGGAGGACAGCGAGAAGAUCCGGACCCGCACAGAGUCUGGAUCAUCAGCAGAUCAACACUACUGUGGAGAACAAGAGAAGCGUAGUAGAUAUUAGCUCGCAGAGACGACUGCAGGAGCAGCUGGAGCUGGAGAACGCCAGUCUGAGGGAGCUGGUGGAGGACCUGCGUUCAGCCCUCCAGAGCAGCGACGCACGCUGUAUAUCACUAGAGGUGGCAUUACGCCGAAAACACACUCUUGGCACAACCCUAGAGAAACAAGACUGCAAAACCAAAACCCAACACCCCAAACACAUGGACUGGGACUCCAGAAGAGGCACUAAAGACCUGCUGCGAGAGCUGGAACUGAUCCGUGCAUCCAGAGACGGGCAGCUGGAGGAGGCCAUGCGCUUUAACCAGAGGCUGGAGGAAGAGCUGAUGGCGGCUUACGGAGAGCUGAGCCGCAUGCAGGAGAUGCUGGAAAACGUCAGGACGGAAAACACACGGAUUAAGAAGAGGACGGAGGAGGUCAGGGGAGCACUGGCUGCAGGACUGGAGCACGUUAAGACCUUACAAGACCAGGCCAAACAAGCGGAUCUGCUCCGAGAGCGCGUCCAGAGUCUGGAGAAGCAGAUGGAGAAGAUCAGGGCCCAAUGCACCUGCUUGGAGGCGAAUAGGAACAGAUCUGAAAUUCUGGCUGAAUUGCGUGGGUCUGGAUUUCCCUCUUCUAUUGGUCAUGAGGACUCUACGAUCAAAAGAGAAGAAGACCUGCAAAGGUCAGUGGAGGGUCGAGCAGCUUCAGAUGAGGAAGAGGAGGAGCAGGUUAUUGAAGAAGGACAGUGCUGCCACCUGCAGGUCAAACGCCUCAUCAACAGAUUACACAGCUGCAACAAAGGAUGUCAGAAAGCUGCGAUCUGUACCUGGCUGGUGUCUCAGAGCUCAGCUCACAGCAGAGAAGCUGCAGGAUGUGUGUGGAUUCCUCCAGCGGAUGACAGAAGAGGUGCAGCAGGACAGAUGAAGCAUAAAGAGGACAGUGUGAGAUCCGCUCUGGAGGACAGACUGACCGAUGCGCUCACUUUACUGCUGCAGAUUCCACACAAGAAAGUCUCCCGCAGGAUUCUAGGGAAAAUCCUGAUCAACACUCUGGAUCUGUGCACCAGAAGAAGCCCCGACGUGACUCCGGUGGUUCAGGUGGUGAACACGCUCUGUCAGCAGCUUCUCUCCUCUGAGCUCUUGGACGGAGUUGAAGAGGUCAGCGCAGGGUCACGGCCUUCUGUGACCCCGGGUCAUCCAAACACAGCCAACCCGCUUCUGAUGUCCUGCUGAGGGCGCAGAUGGCCCGAUUAACACUGUCGAUCAGGGUACAGACUGAAAAAACAACAUAGUUAAAAGUAGAUGCAGUUAUUUGAGAAGCACAUAUGAGUCCAGAUGUUCAGUCGGUACUUUUUUAUUUGAUCAUAAUUAUUCUUUUGAUAAAAAUAAGGUAAAAUAUAGGGUAACCAGGCUUUUCUUUAUAUGUUAAUCUUGAUUUACAAAAGUUUAGAUAUUUAUACUGGGAAAAAAGGCAUAUAUAUAACAUUUAUAUAUUCAUGUAAUUUUUAAUAUAUUAUUAUAUAUUUAUAUGGAAGGGCGGUGCGGUGGCGCAGCGGGUAGCGAUGUCGCCUCACAGUAAGAAUGUCGCUGGUUCGAGCCUUGGCUGUGUCAGUUGGCAUUUCUGUGUGGAGUUUCUAAGGUGUCCUGGUUUCCCCCACUAGUCCCCCCCACAGCAGGAGAGGUGACAAUUAAAAAUAAUCUAAUAAUAACUAAUUAAUCCGCGAUUUCUGCGGUAGACUAUUGUUGUGCAUUGAAAUAUAGCGUUACUAACCAACAAGGAAACACGCAUGGACAGUGCUUUUACAUAACGUUAGUUAAUUCAUAGAAAGAACAGCCAGAAAAGGAAAACUUUUGUGCCUGGCACGGCUUUUUACUAUGUGUAUGCGCUGGUGUCAGACAUUGCCAGGGAUAUAAUGUCAUUUUUGGUGGACAGAUUAGAUAUCCGAGAAAGCCAGACAAAAAAAGGACUGCAGUAUGCAUAACAGGGG